AUGGCGUCGACUAGAGGCAAGUUCGAAACCCGGUCUCCCGAAAAUGAAAAGACGAAAAAAUAUGAUCGUCAGCUCCGCUUGUGGGGCGAUCACGGUCAGUCCUUCCUCGAGAACGCGCGAGUGUGUCUCAUCAACGCCACGGCUACCGGCACUGAAAUCCUGAAGGGUCUCGUCCUUCCCGGGAUCGGUGCAUUUACGAUCGUCGAUGGAAACAAUGUCACGGGGGAAGACGUUGGGCGUAAUUUCUUCCUACUCAAGCAUUCCAUCGGAUCGAAUAGAGGGAGCGCAGCCUGUCAACAGCUCCUCGAACUCAACCCACACGUGCGAGGGGAUUACAUAGAUGAGUCGUGUGAAACUCUACUCGCCACCAACCCGUCGUAUUUCACGACGUUCUCCGUGGUGAUUGCCACUGGCAUGCCCGAGUCAACAGUCCUGCAAUUGAGCAAAUUAUUGCACGUUGCCAACGUGCCCCUACUUUUAUGUAAAUCAUUCGGGCAGAUAGGUUACAUCAGGCUGCAAACUCCAGAGCAUACAAUCAUCGAGUCUCAUCCAGAUGACGGUUUCGAUGACUUGCGAUUGACCGAUCCUUUUCCGGGACUGCGGAAGCACGUGGACUCGAUCGAUCUGGAGAGCUUGAGUCGCGCGGAACACGCUCACGUUCCUUACAUCGUGAUUUUAUUGAAAGCCCUCGAUCGAUGGCGGGAAAAGCAUGGACCCACCAGUUUACCGACGUACAGCGAGAAGAAGGAUUUCGAAUCGAUCAUCGAGAGCCUAAAAUUUAAGCAUCACGAGGGAGAUGACACUCCGCACGUCGAACCUUUAAAUUUCGAAGAAGCUAUCAAAGCGCGUGCUCGCACUCUACGAAAAACGGAGAUCCCGGACAAUGUGAAGAAGCUGUUCGAGGAUAAGGAAUGCGAGAACUUGAACCCCAAAAGCAAACCUUUCUGGAUCAUGGUUCGAGCCCUAAGAGAUUUCGUCGCAGUCAAUGGAACGCUUCCUCUCCGUGGCUCCAUCCCCGACAUGACGUCCGAUUCGGACAGCUACGUGAGGUUGGCAGGGGUGUACAAGACGGAAGCCGACAAGCACUGCGAAGACAUCUGUAACCGCGUCAAUGAAAUCCUGACGGCGUUGGGAAAGCCCUUAGACAUCGUGUGCGAGCCCGAAAUCCAUAUUCUUUGCAGAAACUCCCACACACUGGACGUACUACGAACGCGGCCCAUCUUCGAAGAAUAUGAGCGACCGAAGUCAAAUCUAAUAACCGACAGCCUCCGGAACAAUUAUCAACCCGAGGAGCCGGAGAUCGUUUACUAUGUGCUGCUCAGAGCUGUCGAUAAGUUCUUCGAGUCGUUCAAGAGAUACCCAGGAUGCCUCACUCACUUGAUGGAAACCGAUAUCUCUAAGCUCAAGAGUAUCUACAGCAAACUCGUUCAAGAAUGGGGCAUAGGACCCUUUCCCAAAGACGACCUCAUCCAUGAAAUGUGUCGGUUCGGGGCUUCGGAGCUCCAUACGAUCGCGUCCGUUGUGGGCGGCUGCGCUGCACAGGAAGUCAUCAAGGUGGUCACCCACCAAUAUGUUCCCAUAAACAACACUUUCAUAUUCAACGGCAUCCUGUGCACAUCGACGACUUUCGACUUGUAGGAACAUUCUAUGCUCGAAUCCGAGGUAGCGCACCCGUUGAAGCGGAUUCUCCGCUGGUCCGCUGCAGA